UUUUUUUUUCCAUCAUUUUGGUAAAUUUUAUUAAAUUGUUCUCAGUUUUCAGUACAAAAGAACAAAUGCUCUAACGUUUAAUACUAAAACACCUUAUCAUUUGUUCCCUCUCACAACAGAUGUAUUCAAACACAAUGGUAGCCCGCUUAAAAUUUCAAAAACGCCGUAAAAAUAUAUAUAUAUUCUGUAUAUAUAGAUAGUCUCCUUCAUUUCACUCUUGAUAUUCAGUGCUGUAGUUGCCUCGAAUACGUCCAUACAAUAAUGCCUCCGCCUGUAGUAAAAUUGUCACCCGAAUGCAGCGUUCAAGGAAUACGGACUUUCAAUCGAGAAUUUUCUAAGGGUGUAGAAUCCUUCACUGGAAUUCGAUACGGAGAAGCCGAAAGAUUUGAGAGACCCAAACUAGCCGAAUUAUGGGAAGGAACAAGGAUUGCAAAUCAAAGAAGCAAAUGCUGUCCACAAGAAUUUGAAUUUUUAGAGAACCAGUAUGCGCCAAUUCAAAUUGUGGACGAUGAGUCUAAUUCUGAUGAAAAUUGUCUAGAAUUAAAUAUAUGGAGACCAUCUAAAAUUAAAGAAAGCGAGAAACUUCCGGUUGUUGUUUGGUCGUGCUGUAAUCAUUAUAGACAUGGAUCAGCAAAUGUAUUCAAUGGAGACAUUUUCUGCUGCGUUAAUCGUGUAAUAUUAGUGACAUUUAGCUUCAGACUUGGAUUGUUUGGUUUGGCAGCAAGCGAGGAUGGUGUUUUAGAAGGAAAUUACAUACUUCUUGAUCAGAUAACGGCUUUGCGAUGGGUUCAAAAGUAUAUUUCUAAUUUUGGAGGGGAUCCAAACAAUGUAACUUUUUACGGAGCAAGUUCAGCAUCUUCAAUGGUUUCUUGCCUUUUGACAUCGAAGCUAUGUAGAGGACUGUUCCAUAAAGUUAUUUGCGAGAGCGCUAGUGCUCUUGCUACUAGUUCGAGAGCUACACCGAGAAAGUUUGCCUCAGAAAUGCACUUCUUUAUUUUACGCAAAGAAGGUUAUAAAGGCUCUAGAAAUGGAAAUGAAAUAAAACAAUUCUUGAAAAGUAAAAGUACUGAUUAUUUAAAAGUGCUGUUAUACAGUUUUUUAUCAGUGACCACUGUUAUUGACGGCUAUGUACUGGAAGAGGAUCCGGUAGAUGUGUAUGACAAGGGUUUAUUUUUAAAAUUGCCAAUGCUCUGUGGAUGUGUUGCUGAUGAGGGUUAUACCUUCUCACAAUUUGCACUUCAUAACAGCAACGUAAAAAGUGAUUCUCACUUUGUUGACUUAAUACGCAGGGCGAUAAGGUUAUAUUGCUACCUUUUUCUCUCUAAGGAAAUGGGUGAAAAAAUCACCAAACUAGUUGCUGAUAAAUACAGACCAGAAAUUCAAACUCAUGAAAACUUCUUCAAGGCUAUCAUGGAAAUAUAUGGAAAUAUCUAUAUCCUCAGUAACGUUCUCAAAUUAGCUAGGUAUCAUUCAGAACAUAAUACAACUUAUUUGUGCGAGCUUCAUCAUCGACCUGACUACUUUGAAGGUCCAGAAUUUGUAUCAAUGGUUCAUUCUAAGGAUUUGGCUUUUAAAUUUGGUGUUCCUUUCUCGAAAAAAUAUGGAGAUCUGAAAUGGAGCGAUGAUGAUAAAGAAAUAAGCCUACGUUUGAUGAAAAAACAUGGAGAAUUUAUUGAAACAGGGGAAAUUUCUGAUUGGCAAAAGUUUACUACAAAAACAAAGCACACCGAGAUCAUAUCUCUCAAGUCUAAAACAAAACUAGCUUCUGUGUUUAAAGACGAUAAUUAUGAAUUUUUCAAUGAAACCAUUCCUAAUAUAGUCAAAGAAGAUAAACCCAUUGAAAACUUUUGUCUGGAGGAAGGUAUGAAAACGUAUAUGGUAGCUUCAUAUGUCACUUUCUUGGGGUUUGAUACAAGCAAUAAUAACUACUAGAAUCAAAAUAGACGAAUUUUAUUUAAACUCUUUACUUUGGGGUAAAAAAUUUUAAGUUCAUUUAAGUGGAAAUGAAACAAACUGACAAAUUUAAUAAUGUACACGCCUUGAUUUAUAUACUAUAUAUAAUAGUAUUUCUUGUACCGUGGCAAGUGGUGUAUUGAGGACAUGUUACGUUAACAAAGUUAUCAAGUAUACGAGAAAAGCUUUCAUUUUAUAUUCUUUCUUAUGACAAAAUCAAAAGUCAUUCUGCCUGAAAAAGAUUAAAAUAUAAAAUGGAAUGUAAAUUGUCUAAUUUAUGAACAAUGCUAAAUCAGUACUAAUAUGAAAUUGAUAUACUAUAUCUGUUAUACACUCUAGUAUAGGAAACAUUAAAGAAUAGUCUGUAUUUUAAUAUAAAUUAUUUAACAACUGACUUAAGAGAGUGUGAGAGUGUGAGAGUGGAUGUGUGUGUGUGUGUGUGUGACAGAGAGAGAGAGAGAGAGAGCGAGAAAAAGAUAGAUACACGUUUAACUUAACACGCAUUAAGUAUAUUUUUUUGUCUUUUUACUUAAAGCUAACUCAGUGUAUUGUCGUCUGACAGCUUACCUUCGCUGUUAAGUGGCGUAGAUCUCAAUGCAUUACUUUAUUGAAUUUUCUAUUUUCUAAAAGAGAAUUUCUGUUUUUUAAUGUUUUAUCGAAAUAUUAAUAUGUUUUAUAUACUUACAUACUGGUAACUGCGAACUAGAUUUGGGACUAUGAGCUGCUAUAAUUAUUUACUACCCUCUCUUUCUUAUUCUACAUAGGAAGACAUUGAUAUUUAAAAAAAAAAACUACCAAAAAUGUAUAUCAUAAUUUUACAAUAGCAUCUGUCAAAACGAAAAAGAGAGCAGCGUUAUUUAGAGGAAUUGUAUCUCUUUGUUCAUAUUAAACUUAUUAUAUCAUUAUGUAUAUAGUAUACACAUAAAUAUCUAAUUUAACAUAAUCGAUAAUUGUGAUAGUCAAGGAGAGAAAUGAUAGAAGGAUAAGAAAAAUUAAAAAAUUAAAGAAACAUUUUAGAUCAGAGAACCAUCAUUUAUAAAAUUUUUCAAAAAGCUAAAUUAUUAUUCAAUUAACUAUUUAAAUUAAGUAAGCAAUUGCAGUAUUUUUAAAGGUAGUCUCGAAACUAGGCUGGUUGUUAACAUUUGAACUAGUUACCUAUACACAUUUGAUUUUUCGACUACACAGUUCACUUCCUGAAGUGAAGAAAAAAUAAUUCUAAAACAUGUGAUAAAGUUAUUUAUUAAUAGAAUAGUAGAUAUUGUAUAUAA